CCCUUGAUGACUUAUCUCGAUGAUCAGAUAAAGAAUCUCGGAUUGGACGACGCAGAUGAACGGGAAUUGGUAAUCGUGUACUCCACGGAGACGGGGAAUGCACAGGACAUAGCUGAGCGGCUGCACAGAGAAGCCGAACGCUGGCGCUGGAUGGUGCAUGUCUACGAUGUAGAGGAUUUUGAUGUGAACACUCUCCUUAACUCCCCCAUCGUCAUUUUCGUCGUUUCCACAACCGGGAACGGAGAACACAACAAGUCAUUCCGUCCUCUCUGGCGUCUACUACUAAAUAGCACGCUUCCGGCUGACCUUUUAGAAGAUCUCACUUUCGCUGUAUUCGGUCUGGGAGAUUCUGGCUAUGCGAGGUUCAAUUGGGCUGCGAAAUCACUCAGCAGACGCUUGCAGAGUUUGGGCGCACAGAUGCUUGUCCCGCGCGGAGAUGGCGAUGAAAGACAUUACAUGGGCUUCGAUGGGGUGUUCCUCCCAUGGUCGAAAGGUCUCUUUGAGGCCUUGCAAGUUGUUUGUCCACUCAGAGAUGGUUUAGAACGUCUUCCAGAUGACUACUUGCCUGCACCGCGAGUGGGAUUACGUUUCUUGCCAGGUGAAGAAGCACAAGUGAAGGAUGACAAGCCGACAGCUGUUGAAGGUAGCCAUCAAUGCACACUCAGGCGCAGCGACAGGAUAACAAGCGAAGAGUGGUGGCAAGAUGUUCGCCACAUUAUUCUUGACAAACCUCCUUCGCUCACAUACGACGCUGGGGAUGUUGCAGUUCUCACGCCAUCCAACAAUCCAGAUGCAGUCGACGAGCUCAUUCGUUUGCUUAGAUGGGAAACCCACGCUGAUACACCUCUGAAGCUAACUGGUACUGUCCCACACCGGCUACAAGAAUACAUCAAUCGUCCAACGACAAUCCGGUCAUUACUCACAUACUCUUUAUCGCCAUUCAGUGUACCCCGUACGACAUUUUUUGAAUUCCUCGCCCAUUUCACUAGCAAUAAUCUCGAAAAGGACCGCCUGAGGGAAUUUCUCAGUGUCGAGGGUGCUGACGAUUUGUUCGAAUAUUGCACACGCGUGCGAAGGACAGCUGCUGAAGUACUGGCUGAUUUCAAGAGUGUACGCGUACCUGUGGAAUACAUUCUCGAUGUAUUUAGCGUUAUGCGCCCUCGUAAAUUCAGUAUUGCUGGUUUACAUCCCACUAAAAUUGAGCUUUGCGUCGCACUAGUGAAGUACAAGACGAAAUUGGUCAAACCCCGUCAAGGCGUUUGUAGCACAUGGAUAGAGAGCCUCGCUGAAGGUGCUACCAUCGACAUAUCUGUCGAGGAGGGCACAAUUCAUGCGCCGAAGGACCCCAACAAGCCACUUCUGCUCGUCGGUCCAGGUACUGGCGUAGCACCUAUGCGUGCACUAGUACAGAAAAGAAAAGCUAUGGGCGCAUCCCACACAGCACUCUACUUUGGAUGCAGAAUGUCAGCCAUGGAUGAGCUCUACGCUGAGGAAUUCAACAAGAGCGACGAACUGGUCUAUAAAAUUGCACACAGUCGUGACGACAAAGAGGGAAAUAAAGAAUAUGUACAGCAUAUCCUUCAGAAAGAUGGUAAGAGGGUGUAUAAUUGGCUCAUCGAACGUGCCGGAUACCUUUUUAUAAGUGGUAGUUCAGGCCAGAUGCCGAAAGCUGUUAAGAAGGCCAUUGGAUCAAUCAUAGAGCGUUUAGAGAAUAUACCAAAUGAGACAGCAAUGCAUACAGUUGAGCAACUCGAAAAACAGGGCAGAAUCGUAGAAGAAUGCUGGUAACUUUAUAGAAAAUGUAUAAAAUAAUUAUAAUGCAAUGCAUAAUGUACAAACAAAGGAUGUUACAGUGAUUCCCUCAAACUGGAUGGUUGGAAUGGAGCAUGUGAGUGUGUCUGUAAGCUUCCAGUGAAUUUCUGCAGCGUCUUGGCUGGAAAGACGCUAUUGCAAGUUGAACAUCGCUGUGGUGGCUGGCAGAAGAUACUAAGACAGACGGAGCAUAUGUAAGCAAUGUCUACUAUGCGUUUGUGGCAGAAGCAGGCGGCCCGGAAGUCAACCUUAUCGGAGCGAGGCUGGACUAAGCGAGCUCUGAGCGGCUGAGACGGAAGGAAAGCCAUAAUGAGGUACUGCACCAGGCUUUCUGGGUCUGUGGCUUGUAUGAAGUUGCCUCCAGUCAGGUGCGCGGCCUGCUGUAGGAAAAUAGUGUUGCAGUUGUAUAUUUGUACUACGUCUAUGACAAUUUUGCUUUUCUGGGCUGCGAAGAUGCUGUUCAUCAAGCUGACGUACUCUGGAGGUACGUCGUCUGAUGCCGCAACGACGAGAAUCCGGAAAGUCGACUUUGACUCUUGUACGAUUUUCCUAUUUACGUGGCAGAGAGACUGAGCGAGUGUGCUGGCAAGCGUACUCGAGGCAGUACUAACAUCAUUCCUGCAUCCAACGUAAUAGUUAUUGACGUAUCGUAUAAAGCGCUCGCUGAUAUCCCCAAAGCCGAUAUCAUCCUCCUGGGUAUCUAACAAAAUGCUAGUGUUGAUGUGUAUAGACGCGCUAUUUAGGUCAGAAUUAGACAAAUGGGCAUUGAUAAAAACUAAAAGCUGCUUUAUAACGUUCAAAUUUAGAUUUUUAUUUUUUAUAUCUGCCACCAAACUCAGAUGGUUAGCUGACAUGACAGUAGCUUUCUAAGUUAUACGUCGAUGAGAGUGUCUAUCAUUUUACUCGCGAUAGUCGCUAGCGUCUACGCAGCUAUUCUAAGCUUAGACCUCGGUAGCGACUCUAUUAAAAUUGGCCUCAUCGGUUCCGGAAAUCUCGAUGUUGUGCUGGAUAAGGACAGCUCACGGAAGUUGCAAUCCACCGUCGGAUUUAAGAAUACAGAGAGGCUCUUCGGUAAACAAGCUUUGCAGAAUAGUAAUAGAAACCCUGAAAGCAGCUUCUCUAACCUCAAACUGCUUCUCGGGAAGUCAGAGCAUUCUGACUCCUUUUCUCGCUGGAACAGCAUAUGGAGCGCCGCAAAAUGGUCACCAACUGAUAGAGGUACUCUGGCUCUACACACACCUACAGACAGCUUCACUGUCGAAGAACUACUCGCGAUGCAGUUUCAAUAUGCCAAGCAACUUGCCGAAAAUGAAGCAGGAGAAGCUAUCAAGGAUGUAGUAUUAGCUCUCCCACCUUACUAUUCCAGCUACGAACGUCAAGCAAUUCUCGACGCUGUCAACCUCUCGUCAUUACAACCAAUUGCUCUCAUCAACGAUGGUACUGCCGUAGCAGUAAAUUACGCGAUGACACGCGCUUUCGAUGCCACUCCUUCGAGCUAUAUUAUCUAUGACGCAGGUGCAUCCUCGUUAUCGGCAACUUUGUUAGAGAUUAGCUCAGUAGCACCACCAAAGAAGCGCUUUGGCAACAACCAGAAUACAACAGUUAUUAACGUCAUCGGUACUGCCUACGAUAGUGGUGUCGGUGGUGUAGACCUCGACCACCGUCUUCGUGAAAUUCUCGCAAACGCAUUCGAAAAACAACACAAGUUGGAUAAAUCGUGGAGAGAGAACAAGCGUGCAUGGAACAAGUUACUCGUUGAAGCUGGUCGUGUGAAGCACAUUCUCAGCGCUAACACUGAAGCACAAUCUACGAUUGAGGGUCUUCAUGAUGAGUUAGACUUCAAAACCAAAGUUAGCAGGGAUGAAUUUAAGGCAGCUAUAAGCGAAUACGAACACAGAUGGUCAGCCCCAAUCGGUGAGGUUCUCAAGAAGACAGGACGGGAUAUCAACUCCGUCAACUCGGUCAUUCUCACCGGAGGUGCUUCCCGCAUUCCAGUCAUUCAAUCCCAUGUCAGAAGUGACGUUGGUGAUGAAAAGAUCAGCACUUCGGUUAAUGCUGACGAGAGUGCCGUCCUCGGUGCCGCAUUCUACGGUGCGACAUUCAGCAAGUCUUUCCGCACCAAACCGUUUGUUGUUAAUGAUGCUAGUGACUUCUCAAUGGAGGCUCUCGAAAAUGGCUCCACUACACCUUUAUGGAUUGAAGGUGAUUCCUUGCCAGUUAAUAAAACACUCGUUUUGCCUCCAAAAGACACAGAGGUUAUUGUGCAAUACACAGCAAAUUCUGUACCAGCUGACCAAAAAGCACCAUAUAUGCAACUCACAUUGAAAGGUGUCGAAGAAGCUCUUCAGGAUAUCAACUUGAGUUACGACGAAGCAAUCGCAUCUCAAGUCAGAGCUGAAUUGACAGUUGAACAAACUGCGUUUUCGUUGGUAUUCCCAGUCGGUGCAGACUUGGUCGUACCUGCUCCAGCUUCGAGCGAGGGUUUGACCGGUAAGUUGAAGGAGUGGUUCAGCGGUAACGCAAAUGCAACAACAGAGCAAGCUUCACCACCAGAAGAGAAGAGAAUCAAACUCGAUAUUAGUAGCUUGCCAGUCUCACUCCACCCAAUGACAGUCGACGCGAAAGGUGCAUCAAUUGAAAAGCUUACAAAGUUGAACUAUGCAGAAAAAUUGAAAGCACUCCGUGAAGAAUCCUUCAAUGGUUUAGAGAGUAGAUUAUAUGUCUUGAAAGACGUUCUCGCGAAUGAUGAGGAGAAAUUUGGUGCAUUCCACAAUGUUACACAAGCGCAUGAAUUGGAGGAACUCAAAAAAGCUCACAGUGAAGCUCUCGAAUGGGUAGAUAGCGAGGGAUGGUCAGCCACUCUCGAGCAAAUCCAAGAAGUCGCCAGCAAGAUAUCAUCUCUCGAAACCCCAAUCAAGGAGCGUCUGAAGAAGCAACAAGUGAAGGCAGCUGCUUUGGGAGAUUUGCAAAAGGCUUUGUUUGCUGGAAGGACCUUCCUCCAACAGGCACGCAAAAACCUCACGACGACUGAUGAGUCGAGGUACACAUUCAAGGAGAUUGAUGACUUCGAAGCACACCUCUUCAAGACAGAAAACUGGCUGAGACCAUUAAUGCGCAAAGAUGAGGCUGCAAAGCCAUGGGAGGAGGGUGCGUAUAAUGCGUCUGAGCUCGAAAAGGCAGGAAGAAGCGUGCAGGAUAUCUUUAUGGAAUUGACAAACAGAAAGCCAGCGAAGAAGACGUCGACUGAGAGUGCAAGCUCGACGCCAACUUCCAGCGCGACCGAAAAGUCCACCACAUCGGAAAGUGCGACAAGCAGCUCGACCGAAGAAGAAAAAACAAGCACGAAGGAGGCAGAGAAGGGUGAAGAAACACAUGAUAAGCACAGACAUGAAGAACUUUGAUCUAAUAUAUAUAUAUAUGCAUUAUUUAAUUAAACGUCGG